GUCUUAAAAACGGUUCUUCCGCUGCCGGUAGAGUGAACGUGAAGUGCCAAGACGAAGGUAAGAAAAGCAGAAGUGGCGAAUAACGAGAGGUCUUUUUUAUAACUCAGAGUCACAGCCGACAUAAAUAAAACCACCGUGAAGGCAAAUCAACUCCAGGUGAUUGACCAUGGCUGUGAACGUAUACUCGACCUCAGUGACCAGCGAUAAUUUAAGUCGCCACGACAUGUUGGAGUGGAUCAAUGAGUCUCUACAGAUGAACCUCACCAAGAUAGAAAUGUUGUGCUCAGGUGGUGCAUACUGCCAGUUCAUGGACAUGCUGUUUCCCAACUCAGUGCCUCUGAAGAGAGUUAAAUUUGGUGCCAAGCUGGAGCAUGAAUACAUCCAUAAUUACAAGCUCCUGCAGCUGUCCUUCAAAAAGAUGGCAGUAGACAAGAUCAUUCCAGUAGACAAACUGGUGAAGGGGAAGUUCCAGGACAACUUUGAGUUCGUUCAGUGGUUCAAGAAGUUCUUUGACGCCAACUACGAUGGAAAGGAGUACGACCCGGUGGAGGCGAGGCAGGGCCAGGACGCCAUGCCCCAAGGACCCUCCCUGUCAGCGCUCAACAAACCCCCCAAGAAGGCCCUCAGUCAAGCUCCUCAGAGGCCGCCUGUCGCCAAGGUAGCGCCCAAGUUGUCUAACGUCAGCGCGAGGAAGCCGGGGAUGGGAGGAGGCGACGAGGAGAGGGCGGAGCUUAUUAACGAGAUGGACAUGCUGAAGUCGACCAUUCAGGACAUGGAGAAGGAGAGAGAUUUUUAUUUUGGUAAGCUGAGGAACAUCGAGCUGAUCUGCCAGGAGAAGGAAGGAGAGGGCGACCCGACACUGCAGAGGAUCAUCGACAUCCUCUACGCCACAGAUGAGACAAACUAAAAGUCGCUGAGCUCAGGCCGGGAUUCUUGUCUGAUGAGCUAACAAGGAUGGUUUCGUGAUACCGGACGCUGAGGAGCAGGAGGAGUUUUAAUAUUCAAGACAGCGAGAAGCUUUCACUCAGACGCCGUGGUCUUCAACCCCGCCUCGAGAUCUCUCAACAAGCCAAGACGGCCACUUUGGUUUUAUACCCAGCACCAAACGUGAUCUCGACUGUUGGUCCCCCUCCCUCCCUCCCUCCACCGACCCGACCCGACCCCCCCCCCCCCCCCCCCCCCCCCCCCCCCGCUGGACUUCCUCCUCCAACCCUCAGCCCCUCCUCUCCUGAAACACCUUUUUAACGAUAAUCGACGACGCCUCGGUCACUGCCUCUACUUCAAACUCUCCUGUCAGUCUGUGAGAAACCCCCCCUCCCUCACCUGUAACCCCGCCCCUCCCUAAACCAGACCGUGCAGUACCAAUCUGGUUUUUGUAAUGGACUUCAGUGUGAAAACACGGUGAUGUUCUCUGACUGUUUGUAACGUGUGUGUGUGUGUGGUUAUGUGUGUGUGUUUAAUAAUCAGUUUGAAAACAAAUCAAACAUGAAGAACCUCCUCUGAAGACCCGCCUGUCACGCAUCAUCACUUUGUCCCAGACCAACCCUGAUUGGUUGUUUCUGUGCCUCGCCUGCCGACGCUGACUCUGACUCUUUAGGAGGAAGACGCAGGCACACGAGCGAGUCCAAGGAAGUCCAAACAUUCCCAAAUAAAACACUCGAGUGUUGCUUCAUUUUGAUCCAAA